AUGCACUUCGUUACCAUUUGUCGGCAGGCACAGCCGUCAUCGCAGGCGCCGAACUUUUUGGUGCGCACGAACCAAGCUGGAAUUGCUCUGAGCCGUCAUCGCAAGCUCCGAAAUCCUCCCUCCUUCCAUCACCCCGCCACAUUCUCCCGCUUUCCAUCACCCCGCCGCAUUCUCCCUCCUUCCAUCACCCCGCCCCAUUCUCCCUCUUCCCAUCACCCCACCCCAUUCUCCCGCUUUCCAUCACCCCGUUCCAUUCUCCUGCUUUCCAUCACCCUACCCCAUUCUCCCGCUUUCCAUCACCCCACCCCAUUCCCCCUCUUUCCAUCACCCCGCACCACUCUCCCGCUUUCCAUCACCCCGCCCCAUUCUCCCGCUUUCCAUAACCCCGCCCAUUUCUUCCGCUUCCCAUCACCCCGCCCCAUUCUCCCGCUUUCCAUCACCCCACCCCAUUCUCCCUCUUUCCAUCACCCCGCCCCAUUCUCUCGCUUUCCAUCACCCCGCCCCAUUCUCCCGCUUCCCAUCACCCCGCCCCAUUCUCCCUCUUCCCAUCACCCCGCUCCAUUCUCCCGCUUUCAAUCACCCCGCCUUAACCUCCCUCCUUCCAUCACCCCGCCCCAUUCUCCCUCUUUCCAUCACCCCGACCCGUUCUCCCACUUUCCAUCACCCCGCCCCGUUCUCCCGAUUCCCAUCACCCCGCCCCGUUCUCCCGCUUUCCAUCACCCCGCCCCGUUCUCCCGCUUUCCAUCACCCCGCCUCAUUCUCCCUCUUUCCAUCACCCCGCCCCAUUCUCCCGCUUCCCAUCACCCCGCCCCAUUCUCCCUCUUUCCAUCACCCCGCCCCAUUCUCCCGCUUUCCAUCACCCCGCCCCAUUCUCUCGCUUUCCAUCACCCCGCCCCAUUCUCCCGCUUUCCAUCACCCCGCCCCAUUCUCCCUCUUUCCAUCACCCCGCCCCUUCUCCUGCUUUCCAUCACCCCGCCCCAUUCUCCCUCUUUCCAUCACCCCGCCCCAUUCUCCCUCUUUCCAUCACCCCGCCCCAUUCUCUCGCUUUCCAUCACCCCGCCCCAUUCUCCCGCUUUUCAUCACCCCGCCCCAUUCUCCCCCUUUCCAUCAACCCGCCGCAUUCUCCCGCUUUCCAUCACCCCGCCCCAUUCUCCCUCUUUCCAUCACCCCGCCCCAUCCUCCCGCUUUCCAUCACCCCGCCCCAUUCUCCCGCUUCCCAUCACCCCGCCCCAUUCUCCCUCUUUCCAUCACCCCGCCCCAUUCUCCCGCUUUCCAUCACCCCGCCCCAUUCUCCCGCUUUCCGUCACCCGCCCCAUUCUCCCGCUUUCCAUCACCCUGCCCCAUUCUCCCGCUUUCCAUCCCCCCGCCCCAUUCUCCCGCUUUCCAUCACCCCGCCCCAUUCUCCCUCCUUCCAUCACCCCGCCCCAUUCUCCCUUUUUCCAUCACCCCGCCCCAUUCUCCCGCUUUCCAUCACCCCGCCCCAUUCUCCCGCUUUCCAUCACCCCGCUUUAUUCUCUCGCUUUCCAUCACCCCGCCCCAUUCUCCCUCUUUCCAUCACCCCGUUCCAUUCUCCCGCUUUCCAUCACCCCGCACCAUUCUCCCGCUUUCCAUCACCCCGCCCCAUUCUCCCGCUUUCCAUCACCCCGCUUUAUUCUCCCGCUUUCCAUCACCCCGCCCCAUUCUCCCUCUUUCCAUCACCCCGUUCCAUUCUCCCGCUUUCCAUCACCCCGCCCCAUUCUCCCGCUUUCCAUCACCCCGCCCCAUUCCCCCUCUUUCCAUCACCCCGCCCCAUUCUCCCGCUUUCCAUCACCCCACCCCAUUCCCCCUCUUUCCAUCACCCCGCACCAUUCUCCCGCUUUCCAUAACCCCGCCCCAUUCUCCCGCUUCCCAUCACCCCGCCCCAUUCUCCCGCUUUCCAUCACCCCGCCCCAUUCUCCCUCUUCCCAUCACUCCGCUCCAUUCUCCCGCUUUCCAUCACCCCGCCCCAUUCUCCCUCUUUCCAUCACCCCGCCCCAUUCUCCCACUUUCCAUCACCCCGCCCCAUUCUCCCGCUUCCCAUCACCCCGCCCCGUUCUCCCGCUUCCCAUCACCCCGCCCCGUUCUCCCGCUUCCCAUCACCCCGCCCCGUUCUCCCGCUUUCCAUCACCCCGCCCCGUUCUCCCGCUUUCCAUCACCCCGCCCCGUUCUCCCUCUUUCCAUCACCCCGCCCCAUUCUCCCGCUUUCCAUCACCCCGCCCCAUUCUCCCGUUUUCCAUCACCACGCCCCAUUCUCCCGCUUUCCAUCACCUCGACCCGUUCUCCCGCUUCCCAUCACCCCGCCCCGUUCUCCCGCUUUCCAUCACCCCGCCCCGUUCUCCCGCUUUCCAUCACCCCGCCCCGUUCUCCCUCUUUCCAUCACCCCGCCCCAUUCUCCCGCUUUCCAUCACCCCGCCCCAUUCUCCCGCUUUCCAUCACCCCGCCCCAUUCUCCCGCUUUCCAUCACCUCGCCCCUUCUCCCUCUUUCCAUCACCCCGCCCCAUUCUCCCGCUUUCCAUCACCCCGCCCCAUUCUCCCGCUUUCCAUCACCCCGCCCCAUUCUCUCGCUUUCCAUCACCCCGCCCCAUUCUCCCGCUUUCCAUCACCCCGCCCCAUUCUCCCCCUUUCCAUCACCCCGCCCCAUUCUCCCGCUUUCCAUCACCCCGCCCCAUUCUCCCUCUUUCCAUCACCCCGCCCAAUCCUCCCGCUUUCCACCACCCCGCCCCAUUCUCCCGCUUCCCAUCACCCAGCUUCGUUCUCCCUCUUUCCAUCACCCCGCCCCAUUCUCCCGCUUUCCAUCACCCCGCCCCAUUCUCCCGCUUUCCGUCACCCCACCCCAUUCUCCCGCUUUCCAUCACCCCGCCCCAUUCUCCCGCUCUCCAUCACCACGCCCCAUUCUCCCGCUUUCCAUCCCCCCGCCCCAUUCUCCCGCUUUCCAUCACCCCGCCCCAUUCUCCCUCCUUCCAUCACCCCGCCCCAUUCUCCCUUUUUCCAUCACCCAGCCCCAUUCUCCCGCUUUCCAUCACCCCGCCCCAUUCUCCCGCUUUCCAUCACCCCGCUUUAUUCUCCCGCUUUCCAUCACCCCGCCCCAUUCUCCCUCUUUCCAUCACCCCGUUCCAUUCUCCCGCUUUCCAUCACCCCGCCCCAUUCUCCCGCUUUCCAUCACCCCGCCCCAUUCCCCCUCUUUCCAUCACCCAGCCCCAUUCUCCCGCUUUCCAUCACCCCGCCCCAUUCCCCCUCUUUCCAUCACCCCGCACCAUUCUCCCGCUUUCCAUAACCCCGCCCCAUUCUCCCGCUUCCCAUCACCCCGCCUCAUUCUCCCGCUUUCCAUCACCCCGCCCCAUUCUCCCUCUUCCCAUCACUCCGCUCCAUUCUCCCGCUUUCCAUCACCCCGCCUUAACCUCCCUCCUUCCAUCACCCCGCCCCAUUCUCCCUCUUUCCAUCACCCCGCCCCAUUCUCCCACUUUCCAUCACCCCGCCCCGUUCUCCCGCUUCCCAUCACCCCGCCCCGUUCUCCCGCUUUCCAUCACCCCGCCCCAUUCUUCCGCUUCCCAUCACCCCGCCCCGUUCUCCCGCUUUCCAUCACCCCGCCCCGUUCUCCCGCUUUCCAUCACCCCGCCCCCUUCUCCCUCUUUCCAUCACCCCGCCCCAUUCUCCCGCUUUCCAUCACCCCGCCCCAUUCUCCCGUUUUCCAUCACCACGCCCCAUUCUCCCGCUUUCCAUCACCUCGCCCCGUUCUCCCGCUUCCCAUCACCCCGCCCCGUUCUCCCGCUUUCCAUCACCCCGCCCCGUUCUCCCGCUUUCCAUCACCCCGCCCCGUUCUCCCUCUUUCCAUCACCCCGCCCCAUUCUCCCGCUUUCCAUCACCCCGCCCCAUUCUCCCGCUUUCCAUCACCCCGCCCCUUCUCCCUCUUUCCAUCACCCCGCCCCAUUUUCCCGCUUUCCAUCACCCCGCCCCAUUCUCCCGCUUUCCAUCACCCCGCCCCAUUCUCUCGCUUUCCAUCACCCUGCCCCAUUCUCCCGCUUUCCAUCACCCCGCCCCAUUCUCCCCCUUUCCAUCACCCCGCCCCAUUCUCCCGCUUUCCAUCACCCCGCCCCAUUCUCCCUCUUUCCAUCACCCCGCCCAAUCCUCCCGCUUUCCACCACCCCGCCCCAUUUUCCCGCUUCCCAUCACCCAGCCCCGUUCUCCCUCUUUCCAUCACCCCGCCCCAUUCUCCCGCUUUCCAUCACCCCGCCCCAUUCUCCCGCUUUCCGUCACCCCACCCCAUUCUCCCGCUUUCCAUCACCCCGCCCCAUUCUCCCGCUCUCCAUCACCCCGCCCCAUUCUCCCGCUUUCCAUCACCCCACCCCAUUCUCCCGCUUUCCAUCACCCCGCCCCAUUCUCCCUCUUUCCAUCACCCCGCCCCAUUCUCCCGCUUUCCAUCACCCCGCCCCAUUCUCCCGCUUUCCAUCACCCUGCCCCAUUCUCCCGCUUUCCAUCACCCCGCCCCAGUCUCCCUCAUUCCAUCACCCCGCCCCAUUCUCCCACCCCGCCUUAACCUCCCUCCUUCCAUCACCCCGCCCCAUUCUCCCUUUUUCCAUCACCCCGCCCCAUUCUCCCACUUUCCAUCACCCCGCCCCGUUCUCCCGCUUUCCAUCACCCCGCCCCAUUCUCCCUCUUUCCAUCACCCCGCCCCAUUCUCCCGCUUUCCAUCACCCCGCCCCAUUCUCCCGCUUUCCAUCACCCCGCCCCUUCUCCCUCUUUCCAUCACCCCGCCCCAUUCUCCCGCUUUCCAUCACCCCGCCCCAUUCUCCCGCUUUCCAUCACCCCGCCCCAUUCUCUCGCUUUCCAUCACCCCGCCCCAUUCUCCCGCUUUCCAUCACCCCGCCCCAUUCUCCCUCUUUCCAUCACCCCGCCCCAUUCUCCUGCUUCCCAUCACCCCGCCCCGUUCUCCCGCUUUUCAUCACCCCGCCCCGUUCUCCCGCUUUCCAUCACCCAGCCCCAUUCUCCCUCUUUCCAUCACCCCGCCCCAUUCUCCCGCUUUCCAUCACCCCGCCCCAUUCUCCCGCUUUCCAUCAGCCCGCCCCAUUCUCCCACUUUCUAGCACCCCGCCCCAUUCUCCAUCUUUCCAUCACUCCGGCCCAUUCUCCCGCUUCCAUCACCCCGCCCAAUUCUCCCGCUUUGCAUCACCCCGCCCCAUUCUCCCUCUUUCCAUCACCUCGCCCCAUUCUCCCUCUUUCCAUUGCCCCGCCCAAUUCUCCCGCUUUCUAUCACCCCGCCCCAUUCUCACGCUUUCCAUCACCCCGCCCCAUUCUCCCUCUUUCCAUCACCCUGCCCCAUUCUCCCGCUUUCCAUCACCCCGCCCCAUUCUCCCGCUUCCCAUCACCCCGCCCCAUUCUCCCGCUUUCCAUCACCUCGCCCCUUUCUCCCGCUUUCCAUCGCCCCGCCCCAUUCUCCCGCUUUCCAUCACCCCGCCCCGUUCUCCCUCUUUCCAUCACCCCGCCCCAUUCUCCCGCUUUCCAUCACCCCGCCCCAUUCUCCCGCUUUCCAUCACCCCGCCUCAUUCUCUCGCUUUCCAUCACCCCGCCCCAUUCUCCCGCUUUCCAUCACCCCGCCCCAUUCUCCCCCUUUCCAUCACCCCGCCCCAUUCUCCCGCUUUCCAUCACCCCGCCCCAUUCUCCCGCUUUCCAUCACCCCGCCCCAUUCUUUCGCUUUCCAUCACCCCACCCCAUUCUCCCGCUUCCCAUCACCCCGCCCCAUUCUUUCGCUUUCCAUCACCCCGCCCCAUUCUCCCGCUUCCCAUCACCCUGCCCCAUUCUCCCGCUUUCCAUCAAAGUGAUGCGUUCGGUAGUCUGGUCCGUAUGCGCACCUAUAAUGGGCAUACUACGCAUAGGUCAGGCGCUCAAAUUUUGA